CCGUCCCCAAGGCGGAACCAAAGAGCCGUGGGGAUCGUUUCCACCUGGGGGCGGCCGGAGGAAGUAACAGGCCUUUUGGUUGAGCACGGGAGAGCGGCGAGGAGGGAGGACGACGUGUGGCCGCCAUGCCGCAGAACGAGUACAUCGAGUUACACCGCAAGCGGUACGGAUAUCGGCUGGAUUACCAUGAAAAGAAGAGGAAGAAAGAAGGGCGAGAGCCUCACGAGCGCUCCAGGAAGGCCAAGAAGAUGAUAGGGCUGAAGGCUAAGCUGUACCACAAACAGCGGCACGCCGAGAAGAUCCAGAUGAAGAAGACAAUUAAAAUGCACGAAAAGAGAAAUACAAAGGAAAAGAAUGAGGAUAAGACUCCUAAAGGAGCUGUACCAGCGUACCUGCUGGACAGAGAGGGCCAGUCCCGGGCUAAGGUUCUCUCUAACAUGAUCAAACAGAAGCGAAAAGAAAAAGCUGGCAAAUGGGAGGUUCCUGUGCCAAAGGUCCGUGCACAGGGAGAGACUGAAGUUUUAAAAGUGAUUCGUACUGGAAAGAGAAAGAAGAAGGCCUGGAAGAGAAUGGUUACAAAAGUUUGUUUUGUUGGAGAUGGCUUUACCAGGAAACCUCCGAAGUAUGAGCGAUUCAUUCGACCAAUGGGCUUACGUUUCAAGAAGGCACAUGUGACACAUCCUGAACUUAAAGCUACUUUUUGCCUGCCUAUCCUUGGUGUAAAAAAGAAUCCUUCUUCUCCUUUGUAUACAAGUCUGGGUGUAAUUACCAAAGGUACCGUCAUUGAAGUGAACGUGAGUGAACUUGGUCUUGUGACGCAAGGGGGCAAAGUUAUUUGGGGAAAAUAUGCACAAGUCACUAACAAUCCAGAAAACGAUGGCUGUAUUAAUGCAGUUCUGCUCGUCUAAAUUGCUUGAUGCUACACACUGGACACCGCUUUCUACAACAUCAGGGGGAGUUUCAGCAAUUCUGGGAGAUCUCUGAAACCUUCAACCAUGCUGACCUUUUAAGCGUGCCAGAAAAGACUGUUGUAUUUAAAAUCUGAGUUAUCUAUCUCACCAUUGUCCAAAUAAAGAGAUUCAAUUUUCAUA